GCAUAUUCCAAUGAAGAUUUCAUGUGGUAUCAUGGAAAACUGGAUAGAACGAUCGCAGAAGAACGUCUCCGGCAAGCAGGAAAACCUGGCAGUUACCUUAUACGGGAGAGUGAUCGGAGGCCAGGGUCAUUUGUACUUUCAUUCCUUAGCAAAACAAGUGUUGUCAAUCAUUUUAGAAUUAUUGCUAUGUGUGGUGAUUACUACAUUGGUGGAAGGCGUUUUUCUUCGCUCUCAGAUUUGAUAGGUUAUUACAGUCAUGUGUCUUGUUUACUGAAAGGAGAAAAAUUGCUGUACCCCGUGGCACCUCCAGAGCCAGUGGAAGAUAGAAGGCGUGUACGAGCCAUACUGCCGUAUACUAAAGUCCCAGACACUGAUGAAAUAAGUUUCCUUAAAGGAGAUAUGUUCAUCGUCCAUAAUGAAUUAGAAGAUGGUUGGAUGUGGGUGACGAAUCUAAGGACGGACGAGCAAGGCCUUAUUGUAGAAGACCUGGUUGAAGAGGUGGUACGGGAAGAAGAUCCACAUGAAGGAAAACUAUGGUUCCAUGGGAAGAUUUCCAAACAAGAAGCUUACACUUUGCUGAUGACAGUUGGACAGGUUUGCGGUUUUCUCGUGCGUCCCUCUGAUAAUACUCCUGGUGACUAUUCGCUUUAUUUUCGGACCAAUGAAAAUAUCCAGCGGUUUAAAAUAUGUCCAACACCUAACAAUCAAUUUAUGAUGGGAGGCCGAUAUUAUAACAGCAUUGGUGACAUCAUUGAACACUAUAGGAAAGAGCAGAUUGUUGAAGGCUAUUACCUUAAGGAUCCUGUUCCAAUGCAGCAUCACGAACAAGUACUUAAUGAUUCAGUAGAUGGCAAAGAAAUCUAUAACACAAUCCGUCGGAAAACAAAGGAUGCUUUUUAUAAAAAUAUUGUCAAAAAAGGAUAUCUUCUAAAAAAGAGCAAAGGAAAGAGAUGGAAAAACUUGUACUUUAUUUUAGAAGGAAAUGAUGCGCAGCUUAUUUAUUUUGAGAGUGAGAAGCGAGCAACAAAGCCCAAAGGAUUAAUAGAUCUUAGUGUGUGUUCUGUUUAUGUUGUUCAUGACAGUCUGUUUGGCAGGCCAAACUGUUUUCAGAUAGUAGUUCAGCACUUUAGUGAAGAGCAUUACAUCUUUUAUUUUGCCGGAGAAACUCCAGAGCAAGCACAGGACUGGAUGAAAGGUCUACAGACAUUUUGCAAUUUACGGAAAACUAGUCCCGGCACAUCUAAUAAACGUCUCCGACAGGUCAGCAGUCUUGUUUUACACGUUGAAGAAGCUCAUAAACUUCCAGUAAAACAUUUUACCAAUCCGUAUUGUAACAUCUACCUGAAUAGUGUCCAAGUAGCAAAAACUCACGCGAGGGAAGGACAGAACCCUGUGUGGUCAGAAGAAUUUGUCUUUGAUGAUCUAUCACCUGAUAUCAACAGAUUUGAAAUAAGUCUCAGCAAUAAAACAAAGAAAAGCAAAGAUCCAGAUAUACUAUUUAUGCGGUGCCAGUUGAGCCGGUUGCAGAAAGGGCACGCAACAGACGAGUGGUUCCUUCUCAGUUCCCACAUACCGUUAAAAGGUAUUGAACCAGGCACCUUACGUGUCCGAGCACGAUAUUCUAUGGAGAAAAUAAUGCCAGAGGAAGAAUACAGUGAAUUUAAAGAGCUUAUACUACAGAAAGAGCUGCAUGUAGUCUACGCUUUAUCACGUGUAUGUGGACAAGACCGGACACUAUUGGCCAGCAUCUUAUUGAAGAUUUUUCUUCAUGAAAAGCUUGAAUCGUUGCUCUUACGAACACUAAACGACAGAGAAAUAAACAUGGAAGAGGAAGCUACUACCUUAUUUCGAGCUACAACACUCGCAAGCACCUUGAUGGAGCAGUAUAUGAAAGCUACAGCCACACGAUUUGUUCAUCAUGCUUUGAAAGACACUAUUCUAAAGAUAAUGGAAAGCAAACAGUCUUGUGAGUUAAAUCCUUCAAAGUUAGAAAAAAAUGAAGAUGUGAACACUAAUUUAGUACACCUGUUGAACAUACUUUCAGAGCUUGUGGAAAAAAUAUUUAUGGCUGCAGAGAUACUGCCUCCGACAUUGAGAUAUAUUUAUGGGUGUUUACAGAAAUCUGUACAGCACAAGUGGCCAACUAACACCACCAUGAGAACAAGGGUUGUGAGUGGCUUUGUUUUCCUCCGGCUUAUUUGUCCUGCCAUUCUGAGCCCCCGGAUGUUUAAUAUCAUCUCAGAUUCUCCUUCUUCUACUGCUGCAAGAACACUGACACUGGUUGCUAAGUCUGUGCAGAACUUAGCAAAUCUAGUUGAGUUUGGCGCCAAGGAACCCUACAUGGAAGGGGUAAACCCAUUUAUCAAAAGUAAUAAACAUCGCAUGAUCAUGUUUUUAGAUGAGCUUGGGAAUGUACCAGAGCUUCCGGACACUACAGAGCACUCUAGAACUGACUUAUCCCGCGAUCUGGCAGCUUUGCAUGAGAUCUGUGUGGCACAUUCAGAUGAACUAAGGACACACAGCAACGAGCGUGGCGUACAGCAGCACGUGCUGAAGAAGCUCCUCGCUAUAACGGAACUGCUUCAACAAAAACAAAACCAGUAUUCAGUAUCUAAUAACAUCAGGUAGCAGCCUUGGCCCCGGUGCUCUGCAUGGAUUCAGCCUGCCCAACGUGGUCAUUCACAGCGGUGUCUCUUCCUCUUUGCUCUUGCCAAAAAUAGCACACCUUUUCACAUUCCCAGUGAUGUGUGAACUAUGCAAAACAAAGAUUCUGCUGGGAAAUAAUGAUGCCAGCAACUUUUUAAGCUAUCUGUGCAGGAUAUUUGCACUUUUCCACGUGGAAGAGAUCUUCACCGACCUCUGAGCCUUGGUGUACAGAUCACCUUUCGCAAAGCAAAAUGCUGUGACUCUCUCUUGAACUUGGAAAGUUUAUUUUCGAUACAUCCAAUUGCCAAAGUUUCCCCGUCUCUCGGGGGGAAGGGACGAUUCCGUAGUCGACUGACAAGGAAGAGAUGCAGUCUCUUGACACCUGAGCGUAACUGGAUCGCAGACCGUCUUCUCACUGAAACUUCUGACCGGUUAGAAGUGUGACCGUUUGACUGUUCGACCGCUUUAUUUGUAUUUGCGGUUUCCAGAGUUUGACAUGAUAGGAACGACCUUCGCUGUACCCUUUUUUUAUACCGUGCUGUUUCUCUUGCCGUGUUGAAAGAGAAUAUUCAGAAUGGGUCUCGUCAGCUUUAUUUUUUAAACGUGCCACCGAUUCUGUCCGUUGGAAUAUUCUUCCGUCGAGGACGGCGUAUUCGGAUAAAUCAUAUAAUGCUUUUGUAAAAUGUUUACAACGGUAAAUAAUUUGAAUUCAAUAAAUUUAUUGAUUACUGUAUCAGUCAUGCAUGCCUUCAUUAAACCAUUUUCUAAAGUA